AUGAGGCAGCCGGAGAUGACCCAUUCGCCCGCCUACUACCAAGAUCAUGGUCACCUCAUGACGACAUCCCUCCACGACCCUUCCACGGCUCCCGCGGUUCCUCCUGCAGCGCACUAUCCAUCGGACUCCCCAUCGGAUCCUACUCGUUCCAAGCAGGGGGCGGCCGUCUACCCUCCGUCAGAACUCAAUUCGGUUGAAGACACCGCUCCCGAGUCCGUUCCGCCGGAUUCGUGGAAUGUCUCUUAUCGUCACCAACAUCCGCAGGAGUUGCACCGCUUGCCGCGUCACUACCAGCAGCCACAGCCGGGGGAGUCGAUAUACCCAGACCCCGACCUGCCGGCCGUGGCUCCGGUGUCCGUCCCUCCGUCCCGCCGAGAGAAUGGAUCUGCGUCGAUCCCGGCGUCGUAUACUAACGGGGCAUCCCGGAAGGAAGAUAGGGUUCGUGGAAGUUGGACCGAUCACUCGUCAUCCAUGUCUGGCGACAACCACCAUCAUAGUGCACCUCGCGUUCACAAACGGCCGAUCCAUGACGAAGAACCCUUGGCGGAUGAUAGCCAGGACGCAUUGCUGAUGCUGUUUCGACUGUCCCUGCCGGUGCCCAUCUUUUCACUAUGUGCAUCUCUAUACACCGUCUUCGGCCUGUUCUUCGUCGUCUUCACCGCCCCCUUUCGUCUCUGCUCCUGCAUUCCCUACCUCCGAUCCACCUCGUUCCGCGCGCAGCUAUGCGAUCUCCUCGUCCCGCAGCUGCAUAUCCACGAGCGACUGGUGUGCCUGCGCAAAUCCUCGUUUCGAUCGGCCUCGACGCAAUCGAUCUAUAACAAUGAUCCGGACCGACCGGCUUCAAAUCCGUGCGAGUCCUAUUCCGUAGGCGGCCUCGUGGCAGUCCUGCUCUUGUCGUCUCUGCUCUCCAUGGCGUUUUUCCUUCUCGUCUGGACCGCGGCGUUCUUCUGGGUAUUCGCUAUGGUACUUGGCAAUCCCGAUGGCACGGAGCGGAAAGACGACGGCCGAGCGGCUGUUCUCGGGGUCGCCCGAUGGUGGCAUACAUGGUUAGGCAAGGCUCGAACAUCGCCUCGCUAA